ACCUGGAUGCUGACGAAGGCUUGUGAGGCUGAGAAGACAAAUUGCCCUCAUCAUUAUCUCCGGGCUUGUCAAUCAAACGCAUUCCCUUAUUUACCUCGGAGAGGAGAGAGAACUAGGAGCAAAAAGAGACUGAGGGAACGAGAGGAGAGGCGCUUGUCCAAAACUCCACGCUGGUGAGGGAGCAUCACCAUCCAGGAUGGCAACCAUCACCUGCACCCGGUUCAGCGAGGAAUAUCAGCUCUUUGAAGAACUGGGCAAAGGUGCCUUCUCAAUCGUCCGGAGAUGCGUGAAGGUGCUGGCGGGACAGGAGUACGCAGCCAAGAUCAUAAACACCAAGAAGCUCACUGCCAGAGAUCACCAGAAGCUGGAGCGAGAGGCUCGGAUCUGCCGUCUUCUGAAGCAUCCAAAUAUAGUGAGACUGCAUGACAGCAUCUCCGAGGAGGGCCACCACUACCUGAUAUUUGACCUUGUCACAGGUGGGGAGCUGUUCGAGGACAUUGUGGCCAGAGAAUACUACAGUGAAGCAGAUGCCAGUCACUGCAUUCAGCAGAUCCUGGAAGCUGUUCUGCAUUGCCACCAGAUGGGCGUGGUGCACCGGGACCUAAAGCCGGAGAACCUGCUGCUAGCAUCCAAACUGAAGGGAGCUGCAGUCAAGCUGGCAGACUUCGGCCUAGCCAUUGAGGUGGAGGCAGAUCAGCAGGCUUGGUUUGGUUUCGCAGGCACACCAGGGUACCUUUCUCCAGAAGUACUCCGGAAGGAUCCCUAUGGCAAAGCUGUGGACCUCUGGGCGUGUGGAGUCAUUCUCUAUAUUCUGUUGGUUGGGUAUCCUCCCUUUUGGGAUGAGGAUCAACACCGACUCUAUCAGCAGAUCAAAGCUGGGGCCUAUGAUUUCCCUUCACCUGAGUGGGAUACCGUCACUCCUGAAGCAAAAGACCUCAUCAACAAGAUGUUAACGAUCAACCCAUCCAAGCGUAUCACAGCAGCAGAGGCUCUGAAGCAUCCAUGGAUAUCACACCGCUCCACUGUGGCGUCAUGCAUGCACAGACAAGAGACAGUGGACUGCCUGAAGAAGUUCAACGCCAGAAGAAAGCUAAAGGGAGCUAUUCUCACUACGAUGCUGGCAACCCGAAACUUCUCUGGAGGGAAAAGUGGAGGCAACAAGAAGAAUGACGGCGUGAAGAAAAGAAAGUCCAGUUCCAGCGUUCAGUUAAUGGAGUCUUCAGAGAGCACUAACACCACCAUUGAAGAUGAAGACACCAAAGUACGAAAACAAGAAAUUAUUAAAGUAACAGAGCAGCUGAUUGAAGCAAUAAGCAACGGAGACUUUGAAUCAUACACGAAGAUGUGUGAUCCUGGAAUGACUGCCUUUGAGCCCGAGGCCUUGGGGAACCUGGUGGAAGGACUGGAGUUCCAUCGAUUCUACUUUGAAAACUUGUGGUCCAGGAACAGCAAGCCAGUGCACACCACCAUCCUGAACCCACACAUCCACCUGAUGGGAGACGAGUCGGCCUGCAUCGCCUAUAUCCGCAUCACACAGUAUGUUGAUGCAGGCGGCAUCCCACGCACUGCCCAGUCUGAGGAGACCCGCAUCUGGCACCGCCGGGAUGGCAAAUGGCAAAUCGUUCACUUCCAUAGAUCUGGAGCACCUUCCGUUCUACCACACUGAAGCGUUUGCCGCUUGGGCCAGGUUUGUCACUGCCUGACUGAAAAGGGAAAAGCCACCCCCCUCCUUCACCUAUGGAACUUGGCUGCUGGGUCUACUGCUUGGCGCUUGCUGGAAUUCCUCCUGCCCACCUGGCUCCUCACCAAAAACAAACAAAGGACAACCAGGCCCGAACGAGCUUCGAAUUGACUUCUCUCUCUCUCUCUCUCUCUCCCCCCUUCUCCGCUCCCCCCAUACUGUCACCCUUGGGCACAGCAAGCUCUGUCAGGGCCUAUGCACAGGUCCCACUGCUUCUGCAUGACACCAAACAUGGUAAGACAAUUAAAAAUAAGUGGCCAACACACAGAACGUAUCUGAGGCGAAGGCCUCCACCCGCCACCUCUCCAGAACUCACAGAUCCAUACACAUCCUCCCUCACGGUUCAGUGCAUUUCUCAUAGGAUGGGAUAGGACUCCUAUUCCACCUCCAUCCUCACCUCUGCCCGGGAGUCUCCAGGGACCAAGGCAAAAGGGUGGAGCGUGAGGGGAGUUUCAAGCUACUUUGGGAUGACCAAGGUCUGGGGCCACCUCCUGUCAGCACCUAUGGGUUUUGCCUUAUUGGUGUCUAGGUACCUAGUCUGAUGCCCUUGACCUUGGUAUGUCCCCCACACCGCUCCCCCUCAGGGCUCCUGCCCUCCCAGUUCUUCUUUACAGUGACAGCUGAAGGACAUCUGCUUAAACUCUUUUACUGUCCUACUCACCUGCUACUCUAGGGCGAGUAGGGUUUUAUUAUAAUGGGUGAGUAAAAUAUAUCCUUUGUUUCUCUUCCUAGAAGCGGUGGGGCGGGCAAUUAGCUUGCAAACUCACUGGACUGGGCAGGGUUGUAUGCAUGGCCCAGUGAAGUCUCAUGCUAAUUUUGACCAUGCUGGUCAAAUGUGAACAUUUUCCUUUCUUUCUCCCUUGUCCCUUUGGAGCGGGGCUUAGAGAUGCUGGGAAAAGAGAGUGAGAGAUUAAGAAAACAAUUUCAAGUUGAGAGCUCAGCUCUCUGUGCAGAGGGCAGUGAUAGUGAUAGCCAUGGUUAUAGGUUGGGUGUGGUAGCUGGCUCUUUUUCCGCAAGCAUUAUUCAUCCAUUUCUGACUCAGUGAUAGGAACUGUUUCACCAUCAUCCAACACAUUGCAGGUGGUCUUCUUUACCCUCAGCCAACUUAAGAGACCAGCUCCAAAUAUCUAGUGAUGAAUCUACCCCUUUGCCCCCCAUACUCCUCUUUCAAUCUGCCCUCCAAGACUCAAUUUUCUCUUCAUUUUUAAAGGCCACCCAAAACCAGGAACCAAAACCCUUCCCCAUUAAUCAGCUUCAGGAAAUUCACAGUAUUGACAAAACUGGUGCUUAAGGAAAUAGAGCCGGCUGUUCAUUUGAGAGAGAAAAAUAAACCGACCACAUGACACCUUCCAGCAAAGAUAG